GCGACGGCGGGAAAGGGCUGCGGACCCGCGUUGCGCACUCGACGACGCGGCCUCAGCGCCCGCGCCCUCUGCCAGCUGCUGGAGCAGGUACUUUAUUUAUGGGAAAGAGAUCCUCUGUGUUGUUGACCUGAGUAUUCCAGGUACUGAAAUGGCACAUGUGGCUGGUGGCUUCCAUAAUAACAGUGCAGUUCUGGAAGAUGGAGAGAGCUAUGACACAAUAAAUUUAAUUAAAAGGUCCUAUUACUGCUGGAUUGUGCAAGAUAUUUAACCCUGUUUUCUUUGAGGUAUGACUUAAAUGUUAAACGUCUUACAUAUUAAAAGGGAAACAUUUUAGUUUUGGAAGUCAGAAUGCCAAGGAGAAGGAAAAAUCUUGGGGGAAGUCCUUUUCGGAAGACUGCAAACUUUAAGGAAGUUGUAUCCAGUGUUGCUAGUCAUGAGGAGCCAACUACUCUUCCUUCCAUGUGUGAAACAAAAGAGAAGGAAGAACUCUUCAUCAAUAUCUCAGAGAUGUUUUCUGAUCUGGAUCCCGAUGUAGUGUAUUUGAUGCUCUCUGAAUGUGAUUUCAAAGUUGACAUUGUCAUGGAUAGUUUAUUAGAAUUAUCUGCCAAUGAUACCAAGAUAAAAGGAUCGUCUUCAAAGAGCAUCAUUGCUUCUGAGAACCAAGUAAGUGCAGUAGGACAUGAAAUAAUGGAAAAGUGUCCUGAAGAAGAGAGUGAAGAUUCAAAAGUGAAUUCCAACUUGGACCUGAACCUAACUGAAGACUUGGAUUCUUUAAUUCAGAAUGCUUUUGAGAACUUGAACUCUCCUUCUGGUGACAAAGUAUACUCAUUUUUGCCUUCACAAGAUGUUAAUAGUUUUAGUGACCAGAGUGCAUUUAUAAAUUCAGAUUCAAGUGGUAUGACUCCCAUUCUUUCUACAGAAAAUAUGGAUUCAAACAGUGAAAAUUUAGAGAAUUCUACUUUAAGUUCAAACCCUUUGACUUCACAGUCGGUUUCAAAUGAGUUCAAAAAUUGUGUAAAGGAUAACACAUUGGAAGAUUCUCUUCUCAGUAGUUCUUCAAAUGAAGGAAGCGACACUGUGGUGGGUUGUAGCAAUCUUGAUCAAAGAGAGAAAGAGGUCUUAGAAUCUGAGUGUGUUGAAACUCAGUUCUCUCAAGCCGCUGCAGAUUUGGAUGCUAAUGAACCUCAGGCUCCUUUAACCCAUACUGGGCAAAAUCCAGGGCUUGGUUUACUAGGUACAGGUGGGAAUCAGAAAUCUACUUCUGUCCCUGAUGUGUUUGUACCUUCUGAAGAAUUCAGUUUCAAGCCACACAAGCAUAAUGAAUUGCCACCAAAGAGGAAGGCUGUAAAUUACUGUCCAGUACUUACACCUAUCCCUGUACUGAUGCCUCCUCCACCUCCACCAAUGUGGAAUCCACUGAUGCCUGCUUUUGACCUCUUUCAAGGAAACUGUGGCUUUGUAGCUCCUAUUACCACAGCUACACCCUGGAGACCUGUCAACUUUACAUUUCCUUCCCCAGUCAUUUCUCACCCUUUCCCAGCAAAGGUAUGGAGAAACAAAGAAAGAACAAGUGCUUAUCAAGUACAAGAAACUCCAGUUACUCAGGUUGUAAGAAAGAAGACAUCUUAUGUUGGACUAAUUCUCGUACUUCUCAGAGGGCUUCCGGGAUCGGGAAAAUCUUUUUUGGCAAGGACUUUGCAAGAGGAUAAUCCGAGUGGAAUCAUUCUUAGUACUGAUGAUUAUUUUUAUAUAAAUGGACAGUACCAGUUUGACGCAAAGUACUUAGGAGAAGCACAUGAAUGGAACCAGAAUCGUGCAAAAGAAGCAUUUGAAAAGAAGGUAUCUCCUAUAAUAAUAGAUAAUACAAAUCUACAGGCAUGGGAAAUGAAGCCAUAUGUCGCUUUGUCUCAAAAACAUAAAUAUAAAGUCCUUUUCCUGGAACCAGACACAUGGUGGAAGUUCAGACCAAAGGAACUUGCAAGGCGUAAUAUUCAUGGGAUAAGCAAAGAAAAAAUAAAAAGAAUGUUGGAACGUUAUCAACAUUUUGUUUCAGUGCCAAUAAUUAUGAGUUCUUCAGUGCCAGAAAACAUUGAACGUGUUGGGUUAUGUGCAGUAUCUUUUGAAGACCGAAGUUUUAGCCCGAGAAACAAUGAAGACAUUACCUCUGAAAAAGAAGAAAAUAUUUUAUCCUCAUCUUUGAAGCACAUAGAGUUAAUUGAAGAGAAGAAACCUGACCUGACCAAAGAAACUGUGUUACCCGCGAAUGUUGCAUAUCUCCCUAAUACAGAUUUAAACCAAGGAAGAAAAGAAAUAAGUGGUAUGAAUCCUGGCAGUGAGAGUGCUUUCAUUCAGGAAGGUGCAGACAUGUGUUUUUCUGAUUCUGAAAGCAAAGUACGAGUAACAGACAAAAGUGGAAAAGACCGAGUAGAAAUGGCUCCUGAAAAAGAGCAUAGCAAAACUGAUGCAGAUAGUUUUGUAGAGAGCGUGCCACCGAGUAUUAGCUGUGGUGAAAAUAAUAAUGGAGACUGUGAUCUUUCAAAUGCUAUAUCAUUUCAGAAUGAAAACUCCUCAUCUGGUGAAAUAUCAGAAGAAAGAGCAAUGGUAAAGAAAAAAGCCUUUGGAAAACAAAAAAGCAAGUCAUCUGUGGAAAAGUUAUCAAGAUAUGAACUAUCAAAUUUUGUUGGUGAUUGGCCAGUUGAUAAAACUAUUGGUCAGAGGACAAAAAGGAACCGAAAAACUGCAAAAGCUUCAUCUGUACAAAGUGACAAAAAGUAUAAUCGCCCUCCAUCAUGCAAAGUAUCAGAUAAUAGUCUAUCUGUGGAUAUAGAUCAUAUCCAGCAACUAGGAUCUCUACAUGAAAAUGUAGAGGAUGACAAGAAGUCACAGUGUGAUGAUGCUUCAGAAGCUUUCAGUAGCUAUAAUUAUGACGCUUACAGAAAUACUGAAAAAUACUCAUUCAACAUUCUGGGCGACUGGCCUUCACCUGAUUCUUUAGCUCAGAGACAGCACAAAUCAAGAAUGCGAAAGUCUGGUAUAAAUGAACCCAACCUUGAAUUUGGAACAAAUGACACUCUGAGUGAAAUACCCUUAUACACAGCACAUGAGGCCUGUUGGGGCACAAGCCCUGAAGAACUGAAAGCAUUGGGUAGCUCUAUUCUAGGCAAUUCUAAUAUGCUAUUCAGUGAAAUGACCUGUGAGAAUGAGACUUGUCUAAGUAAAGAGAUUCACGAUCAACACACAUUGUCUCUUUCUUUUACCAAUAGUGCUCCAGCUAUUCCUGGAGUAGUAGGACCACAAACUUUAGCUGAAUUUCCAGAAGGAAAGCCUAAAGAAGUCCCUGGAAUAGAAGUAGGCACGUGUACCCAGACUGAACCACAGGAUUUUGCUCUCUUAUGGAAAAUAGAAAAGAAUAAAAUUAGUGUUUCAGAUUCUGUGAGAGUAUUAAUAGGGAGACUAGAUGGAUUUGAACCAAAAGCUUUCAAUAUUAACAUGAACUUAGAUAUUCAAGAAACAAUUCCAUAUAGGGUAAUGUAUGAUAAAAGCACAUUUGUUGAAGAAAGUGAACUUACCAGUGCUGAUGAAUCUGAAAAUCUUAAUAUUCUUUGUAAAUUAUUUGGAUCCGUUUCACUAGAAGCUCUAAAAGACUUAUAUGAGAGGUGCGACAAAGAUAUUAUUUGGGCCACGAGCCUCUUGUUGGAUUCUGAAACUAAAUUAUGUGAGGGUACUGAAUAUGAGAAUAACCAAAAGUCACAUGAGGAAGCACAAGUUGAGCCACUUUCUCCAGGAGUUAAUUUGAAGGAAGUUAUUAGCCAAAGAGGAACCGUAGAGAGUUCUACUCCUUCUGAGCCAGAAUUUGGUCAUGGGAUUGAUAUCACUAACACUAAUGUACAGUCUACCUGUGAUUCAGAAAAGGGAAACCCAGGACAGGCAGAAAUAAGAACUGUAACUACUGAAAAACCUGGAUUAAUAAGUGUAUUCCCUAAUUCCACUACAGCGCUAAAGAGUACUAAUGAAGUACUUCCUGAUAGUCAGGCAGAACUCUCAGGUUUAUAUAACGUUAACCAGUCUUUUUCAGGUACUAUAAAUGCUAUCCCUGCUCAAGAUGUGAGUGAAAUGGAGAAGAAUCUAGAAGUCACAGAAAUUGGAGACAGUAUGCAUUCUUCUUUGAGUUUGUCUGAUAUUUUAAACUCUGUAUCAGGCACUUCAAAUCUUGAAUUAAAUGAAGAAAUUUAUUUUACUGACUCCUGUGAAAUAAAGAAAAAUGAAAAUCUUCCAAAGGAUUAUGUGAAAUUUCCAAACACAGAAGAGUUUGUGAAUGAAGAUGAACAGGAAAUGGAAAAAUUUCUAAUGGCAGGGAGUACUUUGCUAGCUGGAGUUAGUGAAGAAGAUAAAACUGAGAUGUUGAAUCCCACACCAGUGAUGACCAAAUCUCUUACCAUAGACUGUCUGGAAUUGGCAUUACCUCCUGAACUGGCCUUUCAGCUCAGUGAAUUGUUUGGCCCUGUUGGUAUUGAUUCAGGGUCUCUAACAGUUGAGGAUUGUGUGGUUCAUAUAGAUCUGAAUCUGGCUAAAGUGAUUCAUGAGAAGUGGAAAGAAUCUGUAAUGGAGCGACAAAGACAGGAAGAGGUAUCCUGUGGCAAGUUUAUGCGAGAUCCUUCCAUGGUUGGGCAUGUUGGUCUUGAUAAUACUGAACAAAAAUCAUCUCAGAGAACAGGCAAAAAGUUACUGAAGACUUUAGCAGCAUCUCAAAUGCUACCCUUAUUGGAUCAUUGGAAUACUCAAACUAAAAAAGUAUCACUCAGAGAAAUAAUGUCAGAAGAAAUUGCCUUACAGGAAAAACACAAUUUGAAGAGGGAGUCUUUUAUGUUUGAAAAAGAUUGUGCCACUAAACUAAAGGAGAAGCAACUCUUUAAGAUGUUUCCAGCCAUUAACCAAAACUUUCUAGUGGACAUUUUCAAGGACCACAACUAUUCAUUAGAACACACAGUGCAAUUUUUAAACUGUGUUUUUGAAGGAGACCCUGUAAAAACAGUUGUAGCGCAAGAGUUUGUUCACCAAAAUGAGAAUGUCACUUCUUAUACUACACAGAAGUCUAAGGAGAAAAAGGCAAAGAAAUUGAAAGAACCCGAAGAUGCACCAAGUGAAUCAUCCUUCCAGGAUUUUGAGUACCCAGACUACGAUGACUACCGGGCAGAGGCCUUCCUGCACCAACAGAAGAGGAUGGAAUGCUACACCAAGGCAAAAGAAGCUUAUCGAAUGGGGAAAAAAAACGUUGCCACAUUUUAUGCCCAGCAGGGUAGUCUCCAUGAGCAGAAGAUGAAAGAAGCCAAUCACCUUGCUGCCAUGGAGAUCUUUGAGAAAGUCAAUGCCUCCCUGCUGCCACAGAAUGUUUUAGACCUUCAUGGACUGCAUGUGGAUGAAGCUAUAGAACAUUUGAUGGCAGUUUUACAGCAGAAAACUGAAGAAUUUAAGCACAGUGGUGGCAGGCCCUAUCUCUCCGUGAUUACGGGGAGAGGAAACCACAGCCAGGGAGGAGUGGCUCGCAUCAAACCAGCCGUCAUUAAUUACCUCACAAGCCAUAGCUUCAGGUUCUCUGAAAUUAAACCAGGGUGCUUGAAAGUCAUGCUCAAGUAAAAUAAAUAUCCUCGACUUAGAAGUGUGAAGGAGAAAAGUUGGGGUCUGAGAUUGUAUUGCAGUUUUAUACCUUCCAUUGGCAGACAAGUUUUCAGAGAAGGAGAAAUGGUUAGAGAUGUCUACCAGAUGCUGCUGUUAAUAAGAACUGCUUCUAGAACUGUCAGUGGUAUUGCGAUAGUACUGGAGAGCUGUCUUUUAUACUGAGGCCUGUAAUUUCUAAACUGCAGUAAGGUCAACAUCCUGUUCAGUUAAAAACAAAUGUAGAAAACAUUUUUAGUAUAAUUAUAAAAAGAACCUUAGUAUUUAAAAGUUUUUUGCCUUUUAAAAAGAGCCAACUUCUGAACGAAAGCCUUCAUUGUCUUCUGUUUUUUGGUCAGCUAGAAAGUCCUCUAUAUGUCAAUUGAAAUUUCCUUUACAUAAAUUUAAUGCUGUUAAGUGUAAUUGUCCAGUAGGAGACAGUGAUUAAAUAAAUUUGACUUUGGAUAUAGAGAAUAAUUUCAACAUAAUAUGGUUUUAACAAACAGUUGUGUUGCUUAAAAAAUCAUUUGGAUCAGGAAUUAAUAGGAUUGAGCCAUUGCUGAAAGAAUCCUGAAUUACAGAAUGGUUUCCUAAAAUAAUAGACAUUUUAAUGAAAAUAAAACUCAAAAACACAUUUUUAUAUAUUAUGAAAACAUGCUUUUAAAAGAAGAGCUGUCUUGUUAAAAUUUAUUUCCACAGAAACAAACGUAUAUGUUUAUUAUUUAGAAAUAGUGACUAUCUGGUAUUGAAGUAUUAGUCAUAUUUUAUGUUUGUAAUAAUUUGUUAAAAAGAUGCCAACUGUUUAGCAUAUGUUUUCUAAUGAUGUCUAGGAGAGUUGUAUACAUUACAAAUAAAAACAAUUCCUUUCAACAACUUAAAAACUAUUGUUAAUGAUAUAAAAUGUUUUUAUGUAUAAAUUAAUAAGAUGUAAGAAAUGUGACUCACAAUACUGAAAUCUGGAGUGAUUUGAGUGUGCAGCUGCAUCUUCAUUUCUGGUGUUUUUAUCUUUCCUGAUCCCACUGAAAAAUUGCUUUUGAGAGCUUUAACUAGACUUACUUUAAUGUUAUAAUUAUGAUUAAUGUGGGAGCAGUCAAAGCGAACAAAAGGUGAGGUUUUCGUGGGAGAAACCAAAUGAAAGAAGCUAUGUUUAUAUUGUAUCAACUUUAAUUUUAUGCUUUAUUUUGGUAAAUCUAGGAUAUUUCUUCUUAAUCAUUCAUAAAUAUAUAGGCACAUUUUACAUAUCAUACGUGGUUUUAUGAAGUUGUUUAAUCCUAAACUGCCACCUACCCCACUAUUUACCAUAUUUAAGCAACACAGAAUUAUGAAAAUGAUUUUUAUAACUGCUCCUUUAUUAUUUUGCCCAUUUCUAAAUCCUAUAUGCCAAAGGGAAAUGUAGUUUGGGGAUCAUCAGAUUUUUCACUUUUGCACAUUUCUAAAUCCUGUGUGCUAAAAAUAGUGUGGGGAUUUUCAAAGUUUUUAUGUAUUUGUUUAUAUGUGUUAGCACAUGAUUCAUUAGAAAGUCACAUUGCAGAUGUAAUAGUAGUUUAGAAUUGCAACACUUCUGUAGUUUGGAAGGUUUCAGUAGCAGUUAUGUUUUUCAGUAUUCUUCACCAGUAUUUGCCAUGGGGAAAAAAGAGAACUAAUACAGAAACCACAGGAGACAGUUGGACUGAGGGGACCCUUAACAGUAUUUUCAAUCCAUCUACUUCCUAACUUGAACCUGAGAAAUUAGAAGCGUAUUGUCUCCUGUUUAUUAGCUGUUCCUGUAUUCCUAUAUUAUUUUCAAAUUGAGGCUUUUUCCAAUUUAUUAGUGUUUCCAUAUUACUUACAAGUCUGUGGCCUUUAAAUAUAGGACAUAGUGUAUGGUAGAAAUCCUGAUUUGUAUUUUAAAGUGUCAUGUGUAUUAUAACACAUUUUAAAAAGAAAAGCUGAACAAUUCUGUUGCAUUGUUUCCAAUUCUUUAUUUUUGGUUGUUUUCUUUUAUAAAUUUAAGUGUUUUGUAUGCUUGGAAAAAGGACACACAUAUUAACAAGAUUGGCUUUGAGCUGGAAUUUGGAUAGUUUGAAACUCAGGAAAUUGCUCUGACAAUGUCUUAACUGUUCUCAAUUUAAGAAAAUGAUAAAAUAUAAAAAAAUACAAAAAUAAUGUUUGCUUGUUUUUUUUUUCAAGUGCUUUUUCUAAGUGCUUUCCCAUUGUGCAAUGAGGUGAAGUUUGGUAAUUUUCCUGUGUAGUGCUUAAAUAUUGUUUAUUUUUAUUUACAUGUUAAAGAAAUUUAAAUGUUUGUGUGGCCAAAAGUAAAGUAAGUUUAUGUAGAAUGUUUGUUAAUGGUGCUUAUUUUUAAAAUGUAAUUCAAGUUUACGGUAUUAACUAAUGCCUCUUUAGAGAAUUGAAUAGAGGAACAAGGCUGGAAUAUAUUUGUGUCUCAAAGAACCUUCUGGAACUUCACAUUGUAUGAUGAGAGAUUGUAUUAUUUUCCAUGAAGUUGAGCAGUUGACUUUAAUGGUCCAAAUGAUGAACCUGUUAUUAACAAAUGACUGAAUUAACCAUGAGACUUCUUAUUAGAGUACAACACUGCAGCUAUCAGUUGGAGAAUAUAUAAUAAAAUUUUCAGACAGUGUAUCAGAAACAAAAUGUUUUUAUUUAUACUAUAAAGAAAAUGUAAUUUUGCUGUUAACUACUUUUUUAUUGAAAAUGUUUUAUAACUUUGCUUCAAAAACUUUCUUAUGAAACCAUUUGCAGAUUACAUACUUAAUUUAAUAAAAUACUUUAGCCACAGUCCAGUGUGAGAAAAUCUUUUAUUUGAUGUGGUAGGGUAAGUGGUUUUAAAUAUUAAAAAAUAUUUUUAUGUGUAUCUUUGUAAUC